CAAAAUAGUCCCAGUUUGUACAUUGCACUUUAUAUGUUAAGUCGAGUUACAUAAUCUGUGCGUGCCGAUUUGGUAAUUUGAUAACAGUAGCCGGAACAUGACCUAUUUUCUAUAACAUAUGACAUAUCUCGUGUGAACUUUGAUCAAAUGAUGCCUAUCUAUUUGUGAACAAGGCGAUCACACCCAUGCAUGGUUUAUUGGCGGUUACAUAGUACUCGUUUAUCAAGAAUUAAGGCGCUUUAUUAGUCUUCUCCGGAAUCAUGCCAUCAGCAAAAGAAAAAGUUUUGAUGGGCCUAGGGGGCGCUGCUGGUGCUGGCAUUCUGGCAUGGCGGACAAUGUUUCCAUGGAUUGGCUAUGACUUGGAAAUGAUGAAGGCUGGCAAGAAGGCCAUGGAUGAAAUAGCCAUUGACGUGGCGAAAAGGCGAUUUGCUAUUGAUAUGUUUGAGGAACAAGCUGCGAACCAUCCACGUGAUGUCAUGUUGAUCUUCGAGAACCGCGCUUACACAUUUGAAUUGAUGAAUAAUCAAGCUUGUAAAGUUGCUAACAUUGCCAUGAACUGGGGCCUUCCACAGGGCUCCACCGUAGCUAUCUUUUAUGAGAACGAACCUGCCUUCAUAUGGACGUUUCUUGGUCUCCUGAAACUUGGCCUAGGCGUGGCUUUCCUCAACAGCAACAUACGGUCCAAACCACUUCUACAUUCCAUCGCGACCAGUGACGCUAGGAUACUCCUAGUAGGGUCAGGUGAGGAACUGCACCAGGCCAUACAUGAAAUCAAGGGCGACCUGGACAUUCCCAUUUUCGUGUCGGGUAUAACGUCUGAAGAGGCCGGCAGCAGAUAUCAGUCCAUGGAUGAUCUAAUGUUAACGAGUCAACCUAGUGAAAUUUGCAGCAGCAUCAGAAACACUGUCGCCCUUAUCUCACCGUGUAUCUACAUCUACACAUCGGGUACUACAGGACUACCAAAGCCAGCCAUUGUAAACAUUGCCAAGGGUGUUGGAUUCUCUAAAUUUUGUCUGUUCUCGGGAAUGAAGAAAGGAGAUGUAAUUUACACCACCACGCCCCUCUACCACAGUGCUGCAGUCCUCGCUCUCUUCUGUGUGAUGAAUACAGGUGCAACCAUGUUACUGCGUCGAAAGUUUUCUGCCUCCCACUACUGGUCAGACUGUAGGCAACAUGGAGUGACCAUUGCCCAGUACAUUGGGGAACUCUGUAGAUACCUGCUGGCACAACCUGAGGAUCCAGAGGAGGGCGUACACAACAUUCGAGUAAUGAUCGGCAACGGUUUGAGGAAGGAUAUCUGGGUCGAAUUCCAGAAACGUUUCAAGAUACCAAAAAUUAUGGAAUUCUUCGGAGCUACAGAAGGAACAACUGCUAUGGUUAACGUCAAUGGCAGGGUCGGAGCUGUCGGAAGAAUGUCUCCUUUCUUGAACAAACUCACACCUACCCCAGCGUACAUUGUCAAGUACGAUCCUGAAAUAGAAGAGCCCUAUAGAAACAAACAAGGCUUUUGUGAGGAGUGCAAAAUUGGUGAGGCAGGGAUCCUGAUAGGGUCAAUUCCUAUGAUUUAUGCGCAAGGUUUCUACAAGGGCGGCAAAGCAGUGAACGAGAAGAAAACUCUACGCAAUGUUUUUAAGAAAGGAGAUGCUUUCUUCACUUUUGGAGAUUUACUGUACAAGGAUAGUGACCAUUUUGUUUACUUUAAGGACCGUGUGGGGGACACAUUCAGGUGGAAGGGAGAGAAUGUUUCCACCAAUGAGGUAGCCAAUGUGUUGACGGGACUGGACUUUAUACAGGAUGCUAAUGUUUAUGGAGUACACAUUCCAGGUAAAGAUGGCAGAGCAGGUAUGGCAGGGAUUUUAUUGAAAGACGGUUUGAAAUUCAGUGACGAUAUGCUCCCGAAGAUCUAUGAACAUUGUCAACGGAACCUGCCGGGUUAUGCCCGGCCACUCUUUCUCCGCUUCCUCAAAGAGAUGUCCUUGACAGUUACAUUCAAGCAACGUAAGGUAGAGGUGGUCAAGGAAGGGUUUGACCCUUCAAAGGUGACCGAUCCCUUAUACAGCAUCAGUGUGGAUAAGAAGACGUAUGUACCACUGACUUUGGAUACGUUUUCCCAGGUUCUUCAGUCAAAGUUAUGAAUGCCUUUGUUAUGCUAGCGUAAUGUGCGUUAUCCGUCUUGUUUUGAGGAAACUAUGGAGCUUUGUAUAUCAUAUGAGGGUUAAUUUCAACCCUGUUGUGAAAGUUUGAAAUUGUCAUUUUUUGACAAUUUGUGGGCAGUAAGGUUGCAUGAUGUUUUCAAGCAUAAAGCAUAAGCAUAAGAUAAUUUAAAUUAUUCAAGAAAACAACACAUUCCGUUGUAGUUUUCCUUUCCCAAAGUGGCUGAUUUAGAGAAGGUUAUUUAUUAGAAAACAUGUAAUUAACAUUCAGUGAUAAACAGGUAUUACCUGAAUCAAAAUAAAUAUUUCUUACUCAAGAGUUGCUAGAAGCAAUAAAUUAUUGAUAACCAGUUAUUAUAUAAAUAUUAUUCGGUGCUGAAAUUGUUUGUUUGUUUUGCAUUUUAUAUAAUGUAUUUAUUUUCGACAUCAAAUUAUAUGUAGAAAAAUAAUGCUCUGAUCCCGGCAGGGGGCUGCCCCAAAAUAAACAGUAUCUAUACAGUUACUUAAACCCUUUCACCACUGUAGACCGUAAUGGACUCAUCCAGAUCAAUGUAUGGUAGAGUCUACUUAAGUUACAUAGGGGUAAAAGGGUUAAGCUUAAGUCAAACAUGCGUCAAUGUCCACACCAGGUUGUAUUAUUUGCUUGUCAUACCGAGCCGUAUUUUGUAAGUCUCAAGAAAACAAAUAUAAUGUGGACAUUCCUGUAUGUAUAUGUGUAAAAUAGGAAAACUUGCAUGUUUAUUUAUUUAAAAGUUAUAUUUUGUGUUUAAAAAUAUUUGACCGAUAGUUUUAUAAAUACUGUCAUUAAUGUUCUAUGGUCAGUUAGGAAUGGUCGAACAAGAUUAUUUUUCGGUAGUGGACGUUAGAUAAAGACAUUCUGAUUGGAUGCUGCUGAAGCAGUGUUUUAAUUUUAUUCAUGUGAUUCAGCAAUGAGUGCAUGGCAGAGCAUAUUUAUAAAAUUCUUCUAGGCGAAAUCUCUGGUUGUGAAGUCAUCAUUAUGUAAAGCCUGGGGUGCAUUUUUGGUGUCAAUUUAAGUUGACUCCAUAAAGAAAAGUGUUCCUGGCAUACGAAAAUGUUUGGAAAAGGUUUCGUCUACUUGAAUUAUAACCCUUGUUAGGUCAAUAAAAGCUCAGAAGUGGAAACCAAAGUAUUGGAAGAAACACAUGUCUAUGAUAAAAGAAAAUGAAACAAGAAUAAGCUUCAAUAUAUAUGGAACAUGCUUACAACAAUUGUGCAAUUGAUCUCACCCACAGAGUAGUUCAUGCCAUGUUGCUUUCACCUCAUUAUUUUCACAAUAUUCGUGUUUUCCAGUAGGCAAAUAAGUGUUGACCCUUUCACCACUCUAGACCAAAAUGGACUCAUCCAGAUCAAUGCAUGGUAGAGUCUACUAAAGUUACAUGGGAUUGAAAGGGUUAAAGUUAAAGAAAGUGUAAUCCAGUGGUUCUAUAUGUAACCAAGAUGUUCAAGUAUCUGCUAAAUGGAGCUAAUACAAGUGGGUCAUUUAUUUUAAAGUACAUGUAGAAACUGUCAAAGGGAGGCCAAUAAUGAUGGUUGUAGAUUUUGUAUUUUCUGUUAAUGUUUAUUGGUCCGUAAAUCAUGAUUAUUAUUAAGUUGAAUUUUAAAUCAUUGGUCAAUGCCCGUUAUAAUUGAUUGAACGUUACAAGGUGCUUGUUUUACCUUUGCAGAUUAUAUUUUGAUACUGAUUGAUUGUUAAUAACAUUGUUGAAAGUUGAUUUACAUAUUUGAGGAUUUACAAAUGUUUAAAUAAUGAAAAGAAAAUGAAAUAAAAGAAAUCUUUCAAACAUUGUUUGAGUAAG